AUGUGUUGUGUUGGUGUGGCGCUAAUUCACAUCCUGUGCUGUGUUUUUCCGACAUGUUUUUUUUAACCUGAUGUGUGUGCGUGUGUCUCUGAUCUGUUCCUGUGCUGUUUGUGUGUUGCAGACCUGCGAGAGAUUGUGUUUGUCAUCCAGAGCCAGAGUAACUCAUUCCACGUGAGUCGGGCGGAGAGACAGAGAGCAGACCUGUUACGACAGACUCAGAGCCUCGCACAGGUACCACCAGCGCCACUUAGAUACACACAGCAUAUGUUUUACUAUCCUUGUGGGGACCUAAAAUGUAUUUCCAUUCAAAAUCCUAUUUUCCCUUAACCUUAACACCUAACCCUAAUUGUAACCCUAAUUGUAAUCCUAACCUGGGAAAUGUCCCCACGAGGGAUAAUUUCUUGUUUUACUAUCCUGGAGGGGAAUUUUGUGGAUUUCCGGUACCCACAAGGAUAGUAAUACACGCACACACACACACACACACACACACACACACACACACACACACACACACACACACAGGUGUUUAGAGAAACUACAGCAUCCCUUAACUUCAACCAUCUUCUCUAAGCAAUAUGGUUCAUGGCCACAAAUAGCUGUUACUUAACUACCUAUUCCCCUCUUCACUCCCUGUGGAGCAUAUAGUCGUCAUAGCUGUUACUCUUUUGGAAUAAUUUGUGUGGAAAACCAUCAGCUUAGUGUAACCAAGUCAAGUUCAACUCUUCAUGUUGAAAUACCACCAUCCGUGCUAUUGAAUUGCUAGCUAUUUGGUGACACUUCCAGCUAAAGUGUUUCAAAGGGUGGUCAGGUGUGUUAGUGAGAGAGGAUGCGAGAUCAAAUACCAGUGCAGGCUUGUGAGCGAGAAAGCUAGACUUUUAAAUUAAUUAAAUAAACCAUUGAGAGUGGUUACAUUUCUCCAGCCCCAUCCCUUACCAAAACAGUGGUGGGGUGGCUGUUUUGUUGUUUUUUGAACUACAAAUUGUUCCUUUAACACCUAAUUAACGAGUGGAGUUUAUAAGUUCGUACAGAUACCGCAGACAACCAAGGAAAUAAAUGAUACAUCUUUUCACAACAAACAUAAUCAACAUCAAUUAACCAUGAAAGAGGCACCAGUGCAGCCCAUGCUUGUUGCCACAUGGUGUCAGCGUUGCUUUUGAUAUGAAGGAAAGGAUCAUUGUCUCAGAUUGCAGCCCCAUCUGAGAGGUAGAGAAACCUAGGUACUGGUAGCAUAGUGUGUUGUCCAGUAGUGCAAUGAAAUUAAGUAAAUCACCAUGGUUGCCUUUAUUUAACAGACUACAUCAUAUUGUAUUCUGUCAGCAUUAUUCAAAAUAUUUAUUCCAGAUCAAAAUGAUCCUGUGUUGUCUCAAUCCUGUUCACCUAUUCAAUUUUGUUCCCACUUAAUUUUAGAAAGAUGGAGGAAGACAAUAUUUAGACCAAAUGUCAUGGGAUCAUAUAACAUAAUAGUUGUUGUAGCAAAUAUAAUGUGAUAUGUUACAUAUUAAUUGGUUCUGUUUUGUCUUUCAACUUAAAAAGAAAGAAAUAGGAGGAGGGUCCACAUCUUAAGGAGGAGCAGAAUUUAACACAGUGCACAACCAUUUUGAUCUUGAAUAAAACAUUUGAAAAACUGGGCCCUGGAUUGAACUGCUUCAAACACAAACACACUCAGGCCUUCAGUAUGUAAAUCAGCUGCACUCCAAGAGAACAUAUUUUUCAUGUCAAGAUGACCUCAGCUGUGAAGCCCAUUAGUCCUUCAAUUCAUUAAACCCGUCCUGUUCUCAGAUGUCACCUAGUUAGAAGCACCAUUAUAUCCGUCCAUCUAGCUGAACACUGGAGCAUAUACUAACUCAUACAUUUGACCAGAUAUUAGAGUAACCUACCAUGUAGUGGCCUCUUGUAGGGAUGGUGAAGGAGUAGCUCGCUCAACGUGUGUGUGUGUGUGUGCGUGUGUGUGUGUGUGUGUGUGUGUGUGUGUGUGUGUGUGUGUGUGUGUGUGUGUGUGGUGUGUUGUAUUUAGAAGUCUGGAUCUGAGUACCUGCCUGACACUUAACCUAAUGCGAACACAUUCGGGGCCGUCUGAUUGGUCCAGAAACCGAUGGGUUGGGCCAGAGCCAGAACACACUUGGGUAAAGCGCCAUUGGCUUUGAUACUUUGAUUGGUUACAGACGAUCCAAUCACUGAUUAAUGUGUUUUGUACAAAGUCCCUCGUGCCCUUCGUCACCACAAACAACUUCAAUGAUGACAGUCCCAGGCUAAAGUAUGUAGCGAAUGACAGAGCAAUGGAAUAAUUGAGUGUGAGUCGUCAGGCUACAUGGGUCCGUAAGCAAUCGACAAAACAAACUCCUGUAAUCACACAGUGAUUGGAUGUGUUUUGAACUGUAAUAGAUCUGACUGGCCUCCCUGUGUUGACACAGGAAGUCAGUCUCAAUGUCCCCCUGGACCUGGAUGUCAUAUAGGGGUUAUACACUGAGUAUACAAAACAUUAAGAACACUUUCCAUUACAUAGACUGACCAGGUGAAAGCUAGGAUCCCUUAUUGAUGUCACAAAUCUACUUCAAUCAGUGUAGAUGAGGGGGGGGGGGAGGCUACUCAAUAUUAGGAAGGUGUUCUUAAUGUUUGGUAUACUCAGUCAGACUGAUUCAGCUGCAUAUUUCUAUAAAAAACUGGCUGUGUGUAAGACAGUCACUUGCAGGAGCUUGUGCGUGUGUGUGUGCGUGUGUAUGCAUGUAUGAGUGUGGAGGCUGUGGCAGUUGUAGCUUGGCAGUUUUGGAGAUUUGAGACCAAGCCCCCCCCACCCUUUCCACACACACCCCACCCAGUCUACUCCAUGAGUAAAGCCUAGCGUACUGUGUCUCUGUGAUGGCUGUGUCUCUCUGAAGUGGCGUAAAGCAAUUGCUUUUUGUCCCGGCAGUCUGCCUGGUGUUUGAACUGACUUGUUUCUUACUACCUGAGGUGAGGUGAAAGUCAAGUUUAGACUGGUGAAUAUGCCAUUAUGAGCCUCGUUAUGUUGUUAGUGUGUAUAUUGGGCUUGACUGAGCUGCUAGCAAACCCCGGCUGGCUAACGUGGUUAACAUACUGGACACAGGGUAGGGUUAGGGAUUUACAGUCCAGUACUAUGAUGGUGGGAUGGUAGGUGUUUGCAGGGCAUUGCUGUUGAGUACCCUGAGUAUUUAAAUCAAUCUGGAGAGAGGCCGUAAGGCUGUGUGUCUGUGAGCGGCAUGGUCCCCCUUGGUUUCCAGUCUACUGAGUGGAGUGGAUGCAGUCAUGAACCCUUGUUUACCUCUCUGUGUGAGACUACCUCAGGCCACUACAGACUACCUCACAUGCCAUUCAACUCGGAAUCAGAGAAGGUUUGAUUGAAUCCCAAUGUUUCGUGUUUACAUCUCCAAAAUACAUGUUUCAAGCAGUGGAUAGGGCAGUCAAUACUUCAAUACUUUGUGGCAAUCUUUUGCAAACCUGAGUACCGUUAGGCUACCACAGUUUUUUGUUUUAUAAUAGCCAUUCUAUAGUUACUUAGUAGAGCUGGGCGAUAUGGACAAAAAUCCAUAUUGUGAUAAAUUGCCUGAAUUGAUGCGAUAACGAUAAAAAUAUUACCCUUUAAACAACUACUAGUAGUUUGAUGGUUGUAGCCAUCAAUUGCCCAAUUAACAAUCACCCAUAUUAGCAAACGUAUUUCAUUUCAAACUUCACAUUUCUCUAGUGUAGGCUACUUAUCGUAAUGAACGAUAUCAGCAAAAUGCCUGCGAUAAGUGAUCGCUAUGGUCGGUGUUGAAAAUGUUUGGUUUAUCGUCCCAGCUCUAGUAUUUAGGCUUUGUUCCUGUGUCUCUGCUGUCUCCAACUAAACAAACACAAUUGCUUACAAUCUAGAACCAGACUCCUUGAGGACUGUCCUUCCAUAGGUUCCUUAGGUUGUCCUUCCUCCUGCUGUAAACUAGACUUAUUUGGUUACCCUGCUCUAAAUUGAAGAGUUCCUUUCUUUCUGCUCGAGGAUUCUGCUGUAAAGUAAAGACUACCUCUUAGUUUCUCUGCUCUGCUGUAAAGAAAAUACUUCCUUGGGUUACUACUGUAAAGACUUCCUUGGUUACUCUGCUCUGAAGUCAAUACUUCUUUAAUUUACUGCUGUAAAGUAAAGAUUUCCAGAGGUCCCACUGCUGUAAAGUAACAAGUGUUUCCCUGUCUGGCUUGACUUAAACACUCUUUCUCUUUUCAGACACCCCCUCCGGUCCUGCUCCUCCACAGUCUGACAGACAAUGAGGGAGACUGGAGCAUCCUUCCUCUGCUGCCUUAGUAAGUGCUCGGGCCUGUCAGCUCUCAAAAGAGCAGGCAUUACCCACAUUCACAAAGACUUCCAUCGUAAUUAUGUUGACAGUCAUUGAUCUGCAAGUAAUUUUAAAUGCCGAACAACCCCGGGCAAUAUCAGUAGCCUAUUGAAACUGCGCGCUGUGUGCAGCUUCGCGCGCUGACCAACGAGAGGUAGGCCUAUUUCUGAUCUACGAGUCACUUUCAGCAUUCAAAUGUUUGUAAAAUGGCUUUCGCAAUAUUAGGCUUUAUUCGUUGAUUUGCUAGGUCAUUUUCUUUAAAUGCGUUGUUGAAAAUUGUGAUUUACUGGAAUAAAAGUAGCCUAAGCUACUGCCGGAGACAAGUCAUGCAUGCACAUACAGCUUUCAAGACAUGUUGGGCGAGCUACUCCUUCACCAUCCCUUCACCAAAUCUAACAUGCCCAGUUUCCCUAAUGGCUGGGCUCAGAUGACUACAUACACCAUAGGCAUAUACGUCAUUCACACACACACACACACACACACACACACACACACACACACACACACACACACACACACACACACACACACACACACACACACACACACACACACACACACACACACACACACACACACCAGACAGAUCCAGCUCAUGCGCUCCAUCAGCAGCAGAUUUUUAUUUACACUGAGCUAAAAUAUAAACGCAACAUGUAAAGUGUCGGUCCCAUGUUUCAUGAGCUGAAAUAAAAGAUCCCAGAAAUGUACCAUACGCACAAAUUUGUUUACAUCCCUGUUAGUGAGCAUUUCUCCUUUGCCAAGAUAAUCCAUCCACCUAACAGGUGUGGCAUAUCAAGAAGCUGAUUCAACAGCAUGAUAACUACACAGCUGCCCCUUGUGCUGGGGACAAUAAAAGGCCACUCCAAAAUGUGCAGUUUUGUUACACAACACAAUGCCACAGAUUUCUCAAGUUUUGAGGGAGCGUGCAAUUGGUAUGCUGACUGCAGGAAUGUCCACCAGAGCUCUUUCCAGAUAAUUGAAUGUUAAUUUCUCUACCAUAAGCCAUUUCCAACGACAUUUUAGAGAAUUUGGCAGUACAUCCAACAGGCCUCACAACCGCAGACCAUAUGUAUGGCGUUGUGUGGGCGAGCGGUUUUGUGGAUGUCAACGUUGAGAACAGAGUGCCCCAUGGUGGUGGUGGGGUUACGGUAUGGGAAGGAAUAAACUACGGACAACGCACACAAUAAGCAUUUUACGAGAUCCUGAGGCCCAUUGUGAGGCCCAUAUUUUUUAAGGUGUCGAUCCAUAUCUGUAUUCCCAGUCAUGUGAAAUCCAUAGAUAAUACAUGUAUUUCAAUUGACUGAUUUCCUCAUAUGAACUGUAACUCAGUCAAAUCUUUGAAAUCGUUUCAAACUAAAACGUGUAGUUCCUGUAUCGUAUCGGAGCUCAUAUAUCUAGAUACGAAUCGAAUCGUCUUGAAAGGGAAAGAUGCACACCCCUACUAUACAGCAUAUGGCUGUCUCCACCUGCUAGGGUCAAGCAAAAAAAAAGAGGAGGGAAAUCAUUUCUAACUUUUCUAACCAUUUUUCACAUAUAAUCUUUGGCAAAUAACCAUGUAGCAAUAUUGGAGGUUAUAUGAAAGUAUUAUUUAUUUUGUACAGCAUGAUAUACAACAAGGUCAAUACAGACAAUACUUAAUUUGUUUGAAUGUUAGAAGGUAUUUAUCCUAUUGUAUAACAGGAUUAGCUACCAUACUUGAUAGUUACCUAUAGUCACCCGUCACCUUAUGCCCUGUUCUGCCUUUUGCUAGCCUGGGUGCCAGUCUGUUUCUGCUCUCUUGCCAACUCCUUAUUGAAUUCUCAUGCCAAACAAUGACAACAAGGAAGGAGUAGGCAAGAGUGAAAACAGAUCUGGGACCAGGCUAGCCUGUUGCUACAACAAGGUCAAAACGAAUAGGUCAAGUCAUGCAUCCACUGGUUCAAUAAGCUGUGUAAAGGUCUGGUGACCCUGACUGUGUUUCUGCCUCCUCAGCUUCUCCUUGUUGUUUGGGAAGAACUCGUCCUGGUUGGUGUUUCUGGAAGAGGAGACUAACGUCAAGGUGACCAAGCUGCUCCAGGCCCUCAGGAAGUUUGACAGGAGAAAAGUAGGUGACCCACAGACUUAGGAUUGUAAUAAUAAUAUUUCUCUACGGAGUGACCACUCUGUACCACUCUUUACUUGGUACAGUAAUCACAGUACUUCACAUCUCCUUGGCCAACGCCAGGGGAAUUUCCCCACUGAGCACCAGCCUUCUGUCUCAGCAGCUGUAAUAGAGACAGUGGGUUGGACCUAGUCUUGGAAACCCAGACCCAAGGCAACAGCAGUGACUAGGGUCUGGGAUUAAUGAUGGACUCUCUUGGUAACUUCGAAAAGGAAAACAACUAUUCCGGGUAUGGUCCUCUUCAGCAGAAUACUGGCUCUGAAAUACUAACCCUGGUUAUGGUAAAAUGAAAGUGAGUAUUGGACAUCGUUUUUCAUUCCAACUUGAAGCAUUGGGUUGGAUCCUGUAUCUGGGCCCAUAUAAGUCUCUAGACAGACAUGUUGCUUCCGGCAAUAUACCAAUGCUCCAGCUUAACACAUCUGUAGAAGUUCCAGCAUCAGUUGGGACAGAGAGGACGAGUCGGAAAUGGGAAUCGCUUCACCGGUAAUGUCACUGCCGGAUCUGCUUGUUGCCCUAGCUCAGAGAUGGGCAACUCCUCAGGGGCCCCAGUUAACACACUUGACUCGAAUAAUCAACUUCAGUUUAGAAUGCAAUUAAUUUAAUCAGCUGUAUUUGCUAGGGAUGGGGAAAAAGUGUGACACCACUCUCCUACAGUCAAACAUAUAUUUCUUGUUGUCUUGGGAAUUCAAAAAUUAUGUUUUUGUUGCUUAUUUUUAUGGGUGAAUGAUUCGUUUUUUAAUAAGCCUGGACAGUUGAAACAGGCUUUAAACCAAAGCAUGGGAAAGAGAACUCAAAGCCAAAAAUCAUCCAACGGCCAUCCUGAUUAGUACAUUUACAUUUUACAUUUUAGUCAUUUAGCAGAUGCUCUUAUCAAGAGCGACUUACAGUUAGUGAGUGCAUACAUUUUUCAUACUGAUACAUCCCGAUACCGUCCAAUGAACAACAUCAAACUAAUUACACCUCCCGGUGGUACACCAGAUCUUCACAAAAAACGGUUUUGUGCUUAUUAACAAAGAACAGAGGAUCAAGUUAUUCUUACUCUGAAAAACUAUGCAUAUUAAUUAAGUGAACCUUCCAUCUGCUAGCCGGGACAGCCUGGAACCUGUAAGGGGUUUCAAUUCCAAGUGAGAAAUAGAAUUCAUUAUUAUCUCAUCAUCCAUACACAGCCCUGAGCUCUGUGCCCAGCACUAUAUCAGGGAUGAGGAGAGGAUGUAGGCUGUCUUAUGACUCACUUUAAUACAUCACACUGUGUGUGUGACUUCAAUUUAGGCUUAAUUCAAUUCAGUAUUAACGCAGGGACCAUCUUUACCAUGGUCAAAAGUCCCAGAAUAGUUUUGGGUACUUUAGAAACAGCUACUACUAAUAUACACUACCGGUCAAAAGUUUUAGAAAACCUACUCAUUCAAGGGUUUUUCUUUAUUUUUACUAUUUUCAGCAUUGUAGAAUAAUACUGAAGACAUCAAAACUAUGAAAUAACACAUAUGGAAUCAUGUAGUAACCAAAAAAGUGUUAAACAAAUCAAAAUAUAUUUUAUAUUUGACAUUCUUUAAAUAGCCACCCUUUGCCUUGAUGACAGCUUUGCACACACUUGGCAUUCUCUCAACUAGCUUCACCUGGAAUGCUUUUCCAACAGUCUUGUGAAGGAGUUCCCACAUAUGCUGAGCACUUGUUGGCUGCUUUUCCUUCACUCUGCGGUCCGACUCAUCCCAAACCAUCUCAAUUUGGUUGAGGUAAAAUAGCCCUUACACAGCCUGGAGGUAUGUUGCGUCAUUGUCCUGUUAAAAAACAAACGAUAGUCCCACUAAGCCCAAACCAGAUGGGAUGGCGUAUCGCUGCAGAAUGCUGUGGUAGCCAUGUUGGUUAAGUGUGCCUUGAAUUAUAAAUAAAUCACAGACAGUGUCACCAGGAAAGCACCCCCACACCAUAACACCUCCUCCUCCGUGCUUUAUGGUGGGAACCACACAUGCGGAGAUCAUCUGUUCACCCACACCGUGUCUCACAAAGAUACGACGGUUGGAGCCAAAAAUCUCCAUUUUGGACUCCAGACCAAAGGACAAAUUUCCACCGGUCUAAUAUCCAUUGCUCGUGUUUCUUGGCCCAAUCAAGUCUCUUCUUCUUAUUGGUGUCCUUUAGUAGUGGUUUCUUUGCAGCAAUUAGACCACGAAGGCCUGAUUCACAAAGUCUCCUCUGAACAGUUGAUGUUGAGAUGUGUCUGUGACUUGAACUCUGUGAAGCAUUUAUUUAAGCUGCAAUUUCUGAGGCUGUUAACUUUAAUGAACUUAUCCUCUGCAGCAGAGGUAACUCUGGGUCUUCCAUUCCUGUGGUGGUCCUCAUGAGAGCCAGUUUCAUCAUAGCGCUUGAUGGUUUUUGCGACUGCACUUGAAGAAACGUUCAAAGUUCUUGAAAUGUUCCGUAUUGACUGACCUUCAUGUCUUAAUGUAAUCAUGGACUGUCGUUUCUCUUUGCUUAUUUGAGCUGUUCUUGCCAUAAUAUAGACUUGGUCUUUUACCAAAUAGGGCUAUCGUCUGUAUACCCCCCCUACCUUGUCACAACACAACUGAUUGGCUCAAACGCGUUAAGAAGGAAAUAAAUUUCACGAAUUAACUUUUAAGAAGGCACACUUGUUAAUUGAAAUGCAUUCCAGGUGACAACCUCAUGAAGCUGGUUGAGAGAAUGCCAAGAGUGUGCAAAGCUGUCAUCAAGGCAAAGGGUGGCUAUUUGAAGAAUCUCAAAUAUAAAAAUAUAUUUUGAUUUGUUUAACACUUUUUGGGUUACUACAUGAUUCCAUAUGUGUUUUUCAUAGUUUUGAUGUCUUCACUAUUAAAGAAAAACCCUUGAAUGAGUAAGUGUUCUAAAACUUUUGACCGGCAGUGAAACUGGUAGACUCCCCUCAGAGAUAUGCUUCCAUUUAUCAAAAUAAAAGAAGUGUAUGCAUGCAAGCAGUAGUUUGUUAACAAAGACAUGCAUACAUUUGCCUGUCAUGUCUAAUUGGGGAUCAUGUUUGCUCUUUUUAUACAAUUUAUUUCUGCAACGUUUAUAAUGUUCAUCACCUCAAUGAAUACAGCCCAGAUGUGUGGCGUGUUUGCAGCUAUGUCAUCAUGAUGCUGAUGAUGUCACAUCCAUCCCUCAGGAGUGGUUCCUGGGUAAACCUCUUCAUGACGAGGAUUCAACCAUCAUCCACCACUACGCCUUUGCAGAGAACCCCUCCAUCUUUAAAUACCCAGACUUCUCUGCUGCCUGGGCCCUUAGCAUCCCUCUGCUUGACAGGUCAGGUCCUAAUCUAUAUCUCACUUCCUUUAAUGCUUGUUGUCUCCAUCUACCUUUAUUUAAAGGUGCAUUAUGUGAUUUGUACAUCUUUUCUUUUUUACUUUUAAAUUAAUUAAAUAGCUACUUUAUUUAUUCUUGGAAAAUAUAGCUUAUGAAUGCCUCAUGAGCUUAGUUCAACUGUCUUAUCCAAUCAGAACCCAAAAUGUAAGCUUUUUUUACUCCAUUGUUUGUAAACAAUGUACACUGAACACAAAUAUAAACACAACAUGUAAAGUGUUGGUCCCAUGUUUCAUGAGCUGAAAUAAUCCCUGAAAUGUUCCAUACUCACAAAAAGCUUAUUUCUCUAAAAUGUUGUGCACAAAUGUGUUUAUAUUCCUGUUAGUGAGCAUUUCUCCUUUGCCAAGAUAAUCCAUUCACCUGACAGGUGUGGCAUAUCAAGAAGUGGAUUAAACAGCAUUAUCAUUACACAGGUGCACCUUGUGCUGGGGACAAUAAAAGGGCACUUUAAAAUGUGCUGUGUUUGUCGCACAACACAAUGCCACAGAUGUCUCAAGUUUUGAGGGAGCGUGCAAAUGGCAUGCUGUCUGUCACGAUCGUCUAAGGAGGGAGAGGAUCAAGGCGCAGCGUUGAAAGCGCCAACUAAAUCCCACAGGGGAGGGACCGGGUGGGCACUCCGCCUUGGCGGUGGAUCCGGCUCCGGGCCUGAUCCCCACUCCCUCUCCAACCCCCCAAAGUACCCCUGGUCCGGUCUGGCCCCGCUGGCCGGAGCCGGACUGACGAUACGCACCCCUGGCUUGGUGCGUGGAGCAGGAAUGGACCGGACUGGGCUGGCGACGCGCACCACAGACUUGGUGCGGAGAGCAGGAACGGGCCGGACAGGGCUGACGAAACGCACCACAGACUUGGUGCGGAGAGCAGGCACGGGCUGUGCCGGACUGAUGACGCACACCACUGGCUUGGUGCGGGGAGCUUGGAUGGGCCGGACUGGGCUGGCGACGCACCCCGUAGGCUUGGUGCGUGGAGCAGGGACUGGCCGGGCUGGGCUGGCGACGCACACCGUAGGCUUGGUGCGGAGAGCAGGAACGGGCCGGACAGGGCUGACGAAAUGCACCACAGACUUGGUGCGGAGAGCAGGCACGGGCCGUGCCGGACUGAUGACGCACACCACUGGCUUGGUGCGGGGAGCUUGGAUGGGCCGGACUGGGCUGGCGACGCACCCCGUAGGCUUGGUGCGUGGAGCAGGGACAGGCCGGGCUGGGCUGGCGACGCGCACCGUACACUUGGUGCGAGGGACUGGAACAGGCCGGACCGUACUGGGGACACACCCCAGUACCUCUCGCCGUGCCUCUACAUCCUCCAUCCCCUCUUCGACCAGUGGCCCCCGUAACCUGGCGGCCUCCUCUGGCAACCCGCUGGGCCGCUCUAUCGCGGCCUCCUGCUGGUCCGACGUCGUGAGCCCCCCCCUAAAAAUGUUCUGGGGGUCUCUCCUCCCCGUGGGCCAGGCCUCCAUCGUUCUCGCCAGACUCUCACCCCACUGCUCCAAAGUCCAACCUCUCUCCUCUUCUCUUGGCUUGGCCCAGUCGAGACUCCUACUCAACUGCUCCCAAGUCCAUCCUCUCUCUUCUUCACGCUGCUUGGUCCUGUUAUGGUGGUUUCUUCUGUCACGAUCGUCUAAGGAGGGAGAGGACCAAGGCGCAGCGUUGAAAGCAAACAUAUUUAUUUAUUAAAUGCUCACACGAGCAAAACAACGAAACGUGACGUCCUUGGUUACAAAAAACAAACCAACACGGAACAAGAAACCACAACACAAAGUGAAAAGACCGAUAGUUAAAUAUGGCUCCCAAUCAGAGACAACCAGCUGUCACUCGUUGCCUCUGAUUGGCAGUCACUCAGCCCAACAUAGAAAAUCAAACAUAGAAUACACACCCUGGCUCAACAUAACAUUGUCCCCAGAGCCAGGGCGUGACAGUACCCCCCCCUAAAGGCGCGGACUCCGACCGCGCCAACUAAAUCCCACAGGGGAGGGACCGGGUGGGUACUCCGCCUUGGCGGCGGAUCCGGCUCCGGGCCUGAUCCCCACUCCCUCUCCAACCCCCCAAAGUACCCCUGGUCCGGUCUGGCCCCGCUGGCCGGAGCCGGACUGACGAUACGCACCCCUGGCUUGGUGCGUGGAGCAGGAAUGGACCGGACUGGGCUGGCGACGCGCACCACAGACUUGGUGCGGAGAGGAGGAACGGGCCGGACAGGGCUGACGAAACGCACCACAGACUUGGUGCGGAGAGCAGGCACGGGCCGUGCCGGACUGAUGACGCACACCACUGGCUUGGUGCGGGGAGCUUGAAUGGGCCGGACUGGGCUGGCGACGCACCCCGUAGGCUUGGUGCGUGGAGCAGGGACUGGCCGGGCUGGGCUGGCGACGCACACCGUAGGCUUGGUGCGGAGAGCAGGAACGGGCCGGACAGGGCUGACGAAACGCACCACAGACUUGGUGCGGAGAGCAGGCACGGGCCGUGCCGGACUGAUGACGCACACCACUGGCUUGGUGCGGGGAGCUUGGAUGGGCCGGACUGGGCUGGCGACGCACCCCGUAGGCUUGGUGCGUGGAGCAGGGACAGGCCGGGCUGGGCUGGCGACGCGCACCGUACACUUGGUGCGAGGGGCUGGAACAGGCCGGACCGUACUGGGGACACACACCACUGGCUCUACCUCGGGAUCUGGAACGGGCCGGACCGGACUGGUAACACACCCCAGUACCUCUCGCCGUGCCUCUACAUCCUCCAUCCCCUCUUCGACCAGUGGCCCCCGUAACCUGGCGGCCUCCUCUGGCAACCCGCUGGGCCGCUCUAUCGCGGCCUCCUGCUGGUCCGACGUCGUGAGCCCCCCCAUAAAAAUUUUCUGGGGGUCUCUCCUCCCCGUGGGCCAGGCCUCCAUCGUUCUCGCCAGACUCUCACCCCACUGCUCCAAAGUCCAGCCUCUCUCCUCUUCUCUUGGCUUGGCCCAGUCGAGACUCCUACUCAACUGCUACCAAGUCCAUCCUCUCUCUUCUUCACGCUGCUUGGUCCUGUUAUGGUGGUUUCUUCUGUCACGAUCGUCUAAGGAGGGAGAGGACCAAGGCGCAGCGUUGAAAGCAAACAUAUUUAUUUAUUAAAUGCUCACACGAGCAAAACAACGAAACGUGACGUCCUUGGUUACAAAAAACAAACCAACACGGAACAAUAAACCACAACACAAAGUGAAAAGACCGAUAGUUAAAUAUGGCUCCCAAUCAGAGACAACCAGCUGUCACUCGUUGCCUCUGAUUGGGAGUCACUCAGCCCAACAUAGAAAAUCAAACAUAGAAUACACACCCUGGCUCAACAUAACAUUGUCCCCAGAGCCAGGGCGUGACACUGUCUGCAGGAAUGUCCACCAGAGCUGUUGCCAGAGAAUUUAAUGUUAAUUUCUCUACCAUAAGCUGCCUCCAACAUCGAUUUAGAGAAUUUGGCAGACCAUGUGUAACCACGCCAGCCCAGGACCUCCACAUCCGGCUUCUUCACCUGUGGGAUCAUCUGUAAUAAAGCCCUUUUGUGGGGGAAAACUCAUUCUGAUUGGCUGGACCUGGCUUCCCAGUGGGUGGGCCUGGCUGCCAAGUGGGUGGGUGGGCCCAGUCAUGUGAAAUCCAUAGAUUAGGGCCUAAUUAAUUUUUUUCUAAUCUUUGAAAUUGAUGCAUGUUGUGUUUAUAUUUUUGUUAAGUGUAAGUUGAAAACAAACACUUUAUAGCUUUAAAACAUAGUUAGAACUAUACGUUUGAUCUGAUGGAUGCGUCCAUAGAUCUAUUUUUCCCUAGUGGUCUUCAGAAACCUGUAUAGCAACCACAUCUCAGAAAUGAUGUGCUCUGCUGGACAAUAACUUUUUUUUAUGCUGUUUAUUUCAUUCUAUCAUCAAUCAUUGUUAAAUUCUUAGUGGUCUAGGGAAAGUAAUACUAUUUUUAUUAAGUUCUAACUGCAAAUUCUAAUAGACAGUGAUUUUAUCUUCCAGGCUCGCAAACAAAGUGAGAGAUGACCCACUCAAGUCUGACUUCACUAUCGAUCUGAAGCAUGAGGUAAGAUUUAUAUCCGACCGCAUUAUCGCUGUGAGUUCUGAUGGAAAUGUGUAUAAAGAGUAAUUUAAAUUAUUCGUUUUUAACGUUUGGAAAUAUCGGCUACACACAGCAUGGAGUAAAGCAGAUGCUGUUAUUGGAUCAUCAUUUGUGUCACUAACCACGUUUCCAUCCACAGUUUCUAUGCGCGUAAAGUCAUACCUUAUAAAAAAAAUCACGACAGCUGUGAUGGAAACAAGAAGUUUGGGUACAAUUUUAUAAUUGCAGACACAUCAUUUGUUCAUUCGUUAUGGUGGGAUCUUUUUGUGUCGCUAAAAUUAAUGAUGCGAGAAAUAGCAGUGGAAACGUCUUUAUGCGCAAAUAUUGAUAUAAUAACCAUCAUAUCGAAAGAAACUUGGAGUCACGCGAUGAUAUGGUGUGUGGUCCUCCCACUACGACUCGGGAAACCAUGCAGUUUAUUAGGCUAGAAAUGAAAUAAGUUAUGAUGAAGUUCACAGUAUGGUGCAAGUGCACAGUGAUCUUGAUGCUCCUUUCCCAAAAAUAUCGAGGGUCUUAUUCUGGUGACAUGAUGAUCGAUGCUUGACUGCCAUUUGACAAAUACAAAUAUUCUUGCUCUGAUCCAUAAUAAUCUCAUCAUGUAGACUAGCCUACCCACACUGUAUCUGCCAGCUGUUGGUUAGAGCACACGUGCCACGACCAGAGUAGGCACAUUUGCUAUUUAACGCAACAGUUUUUGACUAAACUAUCGGUAGAGUUGAAUAUGUGAUGGAAACACAUUGAACUUUAGAAUUUUUUUCGGUACAUGAAAAUGUAAGUGUUAAAAGUAUUGUACAUUUUGAGGGCACUACGUCAUCACGCAUGGAUUUUUGCCCGCAACAAGUCCAUUUGGUAGAAACACACCACUGGUGGGAAAAUGUGAAUAUUUUCUUUUUGAGAAUUCUAGAAUAUUCUCAUUAAAAUCUGUCGCCAAUUGAAUGGAAACCUAACUUAUGACACUGCACUUUCUUCAACUUGUAUUAUCCUUCUCUGCUGUCCCCUGCCCUUUCCUGCUGUUGUUGACAGGAGAGCCUAUACACUAACAUUGUCUUAAGCCUAGUAGAUGCUAAUCAAAUGAAGUAUAAUUUCAAUAUAACCUGGUGUCAAAAACUCAUUACGUCCGACAAUAGCCCAAUAGAAGCAGCUUCCUCCUCAAAUCUCCCUCCUAAAGCCCAGCUGGCUGUCACAUUGUUGUCUGAGGGACACUUUCUCCCUGUGACUGCCUUCUCUUUAUUUUCUGUGUUUUUUUUGCCCCAUCUCAGAGCAUCUUCAGUCCUUCAUUCAGGGGAGAAAUAGAAUAGCACUCACUGUAUCCCUGUCUCUCUCUCCCUCCCUCUAUCUCCCUCCCUCUCUCGGCUGGGUUUUUCUCCCAACACUCUGGACUCAUAUUGUCACAUUUCUCUGCCUCAGAUAUGAAAGACAGGGAAUGGUAACGCUUUACAAUGAGGAUACAUUAACAUUAGUUAAUGCAUUAGUUAACUUUAAUAAAUGAUUAAUUAAUAUAUCUACUAAGCAUUUAUUAAUGGUAUGUAUGUUUACUAAGCCAUCAAAAAUGCAUUAAUAAAUUAUUUAUAAAGCUUAUAGUUAAUGUUAGUUAAUGGGUUAGACUUCAGUGUGACUUCUGACAUUGUUGAUCAUAGUCUGCUGAUGGAAAAACGUACAGUACCAGUAAAAAGUUUGAAAACACCUGCUCAUUCCAGCGUUUUUCUUUAUUUGUACUAUUCUCUACAUUGUAGAAUAAUAGAAAAUACAUAAAAACUAUUAAAUUACACAUACAGUGAGGGAAAAAAGUAUUUGAUCCCCUGCUGAUUUUGUACGUUUGCCCAAAGAAAUGAUCAGUCUAUAAUUUUAAUGGUAGGUUUAUUUGAACAGUGAGAGACAGAAUAACAAAACAAAAAUCCAGAAAAACGCAUGUCAAAAUUUUUAUAAAUUGAUUUGCAAUUUAAUGAGGGAAAUACGUAUUUGACCCCUCUGCAAAACAUGAUUUAGUACUUGGUGGCAAAAUCCUUGUUGGCAAUCACAGAGGUCAGAUGUUUCUUGUAGUUGGCCACCAGGUUUGCACAUAUCUCAGGAGGGAUUUUGUCCCACUCCUCUUUGCAGAUCUUCUCCAAGUCAUUAAGGUUUCGAGCCUGACGUUUGGCAACUCGAACCUUCAGCUCCCUCAACAGAUUUUCUAUGGGAUUAAGGUCUGGAGACUGGCUAGGCUACUCCAGGACCUUAAUGUGCUUCUUCUUGAGCCACUUCUUUGUUGCCUUGGUCGUGUGUUUUGGGUCAUUGUCAUGCUGGAAUACCCAUCCAUGACCCAUUUUCAAUGCCCUGGCUGAGGGAAGGAGGUUCUCACCCAAGAUUUGACGGUACAUGGUCCCGUCCAUCGUCCCUUUGAUGCGGUGAAGUUGUCCUGUCCCCUUAGCAGAAAAACACCCCCAAAGCAUAAUGUUUCCACCUCCAUGUUUGACGGUGGGGAUGGUGUUCUUGGGGUCAUAGGCAGCAUUCCUCCUCCUCCAAACACGGCAAGUUGAGUUGAUGCCAAAGAGCUCGAUUUUGGUCUCAUCUGACCACAACACUUUCACCCAGUUCUCCUCUGAAUCAUUCAGAUGUUCAUUGACAAACUUCAGAUGGGCCUGUAUAUGUGCUUUCUUGAGCAGGGGGACCUUGCUGGCGCUGCAGGAUUUCAGUCCUUCACGGCGUAGUGUGUUUCCAAUUGUUUUCUUGGUGACUAUGGUCCCAGCUGCCUUGAGAUCAUUGACAAGAUCCUCCCGUGUAGUUCUGGGCUGAUUCCUCACCGUUCCCAUGAUCAUUGCAACUCCACGAGGUGAGAUCUUGCAUGGAGCCCCAGGCCGAGGGAGAUUGACAGUUAUUUUGUGUUUCUUCCAUUUGCGAAUAAUCACACCAACUGUUGUCACCUUCUAACCAAGCUGCUUGGCGAUGGUCUUGUAGCCCAUUCCAGUCUUGUGUAGGUCUACAAUCUUGUCCCUGACAUCCUUGGAGAGCUCUUUGGUCUUGGCCAUGGUGGAGAGUUUGGAAUCUGAUUGAUUGAUUGCUUCUGUGGACAUGUGUCUUUUAUACAGGUAACAAGCUGAGAUUAGGAGCACUCCCUUUAAGAGUGUGCUCCUAAUCUCAGCUCGUUACUUGUAUAAAAGACACCUGGGAGCCAGAAAUCUUUCUGAUUGAGAGAGGGUCAAAUACUUAUUUCCCUCAUUAAAAUGCAAAUCAAUUUAUAACAUUUUUGACAUGCAUUUUUCUGGAUUUUGUUGUUGUUAUUCUGUCUCUCACUGUUCAAGUAAACCUACCAUUAAAAUUAUAGACUGAUCAUUUCUUUGUCAGUGGGCAAAUGUACAAAAUCAGCAGGGGAUCAAAUACUUUUUUCCCUCGCAAGACAAUGACCCCAAGCACACAUCAAAAUCCACACAUAAAUGUUUAAUUGACCACAAAAUCAAAAAUGUUCAAUGGCCAUCAGUCUCUGGACAUGAACCCCAUUGAAAACCUGUGGUUCUUACAAUCUCAUAAAACAUUAUAGAAAAAGGCUAAGUGUAGUUAUCCUCGCAAGGGGGGGGGAGCACAAAGUAUUCAAAACAAGGGUGCCAAUCAUUUUGACAUCUUUUUAAGAUUUUUUUUCUUACUUACUAUUUUUCUCAGAGCAAUUGUAUUAGUAUUUUAUACAGUCUUUUUUGUCCAUCUUUUUUAAGGGUGCCAGUCAUUUCCGAUGUGACUGUAAAGCCUUCCGCAUGCUUUGGUUUGGCUGGCGCCUAGUCGAACCGAACGAGUGUGCUCGCAUACUCCCUUAAAAGACCUUCACUUGAAAAAUGAGAAAAAGCGGCGAAAGUACUGUUUGUCCACCUUGAGACGCCAUAGCCACUUCAUCAAAAUAGUUAGAAUUAAUCUAAGAUAACUCAAGAAAUCUGUCAUCAUUUUGACGUUUUUGUCGAGUAGAGCUUAGUAGAGCAAUUUUUCAUCUAACUAAGAUGUUGGUGCAGUAUUUCUCAAGUGACAAAAUGUGUAUGAAAAUUAUUUGUCUCUCGUUGAAUGACAACAAACACUUCAUUGAAGAAUCCCUACUGUUGACAAAUUACAGAUGAAGGGGCAUAGACUUCAGCUACCGACUUCGGCUUGCCUCAAGAAAAAAAUUUGUGUGCAUGAGCAGCCGAAAGAAAUCAGUAACAGUUGUCUUCCCAUGUUGUUGCAGGUGGCUCUGUAUAUCUGGGAGAAUGGCCAAGGGCCUCGUCUGACGGCAGUCCCAGAGCUGUGUACUGAGCCAGAGCACUCUCCCACUGCCCAACACUGUGCUACCACCCUCAGCAGCCCUGCUCCACUGUGUGUAGGUACCAAGUGCAUCACAAGUCCAUUCUUCACCACAGAUCUGGGUCAAAAUAGUAAUUUUUUUGUUUCCGUUUUCUUACUUGGUGCACUUGAUUGGGGUUUAAAUGACAUUGCACCAAUGGAAUAGUCCCAUAAGUGCCAACCCGGCCAUUAUACCAAGUAUUUGGGGGGGGGGGGGGGAUGAUACAUGUCUGCUCCAUCCCCCUAGUCUCACACAGGAACAAUGAUUAUGUUGGUCUUUAUGCAUGCAAACUAUCAGAGAGUUGGAGAGGAAUCUCAGGAUGACCUUAUUGUCCAAAUCCUCUUUCACCCUCAAGCGUUUUUUUAGAGAACCCUCAAAUCCUCAUCCUGGGUGAGACACUCUUCAGCAGGCCAUUCCAUACUGGAAUUCUGUCUCACUGCGGCAGGCAGCUGGAGUCCUCAAGAGCCGUGUGGGUGUCACACCUUUUCUCCAGCACCAUAGCAGUACACCUGAUGAAUCCAAUUGUCGGCUGAAAUGAAGAUUAGUUAUUAGUUCAUUUGAAUCAGGUGUGGUGUGUUGAGCUGAAAAGUGUGAUGCCAGCAAAACGGCCCUCGAGGACAGCCGCUGCCCACCCAACACAAACCACUGUGUUGAGCUCUGGCCGAUUUGUUUGUGCUCAGAUGCGCUUAAUAUAUUCCCUCUGUUCUUGAUGCCUGUCUGUCUGCCUUGUACCCCUUGAAGUGUUGCCUUUCCUCAGCCUGGUCUGCAUUUUCAAUAAAGUGCUCAGAGUGAUAUGAUGGAACAAGGUGCCUUCUCCCCUUUUAGUCUGUCUCCUUCUCUCUCAUUCCCCUUUGGGAGAGAGAUCCACAGCUAUCCUGGCUCUCUCCUUUUAGUAUUUCUUCUACCUUUCCUCCCUAAUUGUAAUUUAAUUUAAAUUACAUUUGUAAUUUAAUUACAUUUUAAUUACAUUUUCGUCAUUUAGAAGAUGCUCUUAUCCAGAGCGACGUACAGUAGCGAGUGCAUACAUUUUCAUACUUUCCUUCUACCCUUUCCUCCUACCCUUUCUCCCCCUCUCAGUUCUGCCUAUCCUGGCUUGUUUCUUAAAGUCUCUCGUCUAUCCUUCCUCCCUCCAUGUCAUCUUCCCACUAACCUGGUUGUUGCCAGAGCUCUAAUAUGCGGAGAAGAUAGAGAUUACUCAUAGGCUGUGUCCCAAAUUGCACCCUAUUCCCUACUGGCCCUGGUCAAAAGUUGUGCACUACAUAGGGAAUAGGGUGCCAUUUGAGAUGCAACCAUAAAGCAGAAAGCCUUGGGCCUCGCAGAGAGAUAGAGGAGAGCCUAUCAGCAGGGCGCGUGGCCUCCCUCUGGCAUCAGCCUUAGAGCCACAGACAGACAGGCAGGAGACCUGAGCACUUAAAUAAAGAUGGCCAAUUCACAUUUCACUCUCAAAUAAUAACCUAAUAAUACCUCAGGACUCCACAACUCGGGACAGGGAAUUUGAAAAAGUCACCAUCUCAAUAGGGCUUCAACAACGAUAACAGCUCCCCUCUUGGGAUGUAUGUUCCAUAACUAGGGCCCAGUGUUUUUCCUGACCAUGUGACCUGACCAAGAAAAAUCUGGGCUCUAAAAUAUGUCUAAUUCUUAUUUUCCUGCUUUUUUUACAGGGGGAGCCUGUAAAGAAGGACGACAUCUUUGUCGCUGUGAAAACUUGUAAGAAGUUUCACAGUGAGAGAGGUGAGUCAGAUCUUUGAAGCUCAUCUGAAGCUCUGGGGUGGUUUCACGUUCGUAAAAUAUUAAUGUCAACAUUUGCUCUAUUCUUCUAAAGGAGUGUAUUUUUAGCUGUUGAGAUGUGUUCCUGGUAAACUGCCUACUCUGUGGUGGUCUGGUUUAACUCUCAGCACAAGAUGUCAGGUCACAAACUUGCUUCGACAUGGUGUAGAGGUGGAUUCUGAGAGAAGCUAAAACCAUUAAUUCCCUUAGAGUUAGAUCCAGUGGAUUUGGGACAGGUCAGCAACGUUUAACACCUCGGAACUGUAGCUUUUCCUUCACUGGUAUUCUCCCCCCCCCCCGCCUCUGACAGCCUAACGGUUAAUGUAGCUUUCAUGGCAGCUCUGGGUCAGCUCUAAAUACCAGGAAUCAAUUCAAACUUAAUGAGACAGUGUUGCUGUUUGAAUUUCGGAAGCAUCUGGAAAAUUCUACAUCAGCUCCAGCUGACAUGUCGGUCACAGACAAUUGUUCCUAUUAUACUAAUUACAGUAUACUCUGCCAAGUCAUAAUCGACUAACACACGGACAUAAUUAAAAGGGACAUUCGAUUUAUUUAUGGCACAAGGGUUGGACCUGAAAAAAAGCUUAUUUUGUAAUUUAUUAUUUUUCCCUCAAUUGACUCCAGUCCUUUACUGCUUUUGACACUUUACUCUUUCUGUGUGUUUUUUUUAUUUUUCCAGGUCCAAUUAUUUUGCAUUGAAAAAGAAAAAACAACAAAAACGUUAACCUUUUGAAAUAAACAUUUCAGUUAUGUAAAAGACAAAAUGUUAAAUGUUUUUAACAUUCAUAAUUAAUAAUGCUGCAAGUUUUCUGUGUACAGAAACCUGAUUCUACUUAUUAUGGUAGUGUGGAAGUGUUGAGCUGUAUUGUUUGACCUGUCGUCCUGUUGUCAUGCCCCAGUCCCAGUGGUGAAGAAGACGUGGGAGAGAGAGGCAUCUCUGUUGGAGUAUUACAGUGACCACACUGACCCGUCCAUACCUACCAUCGACCUAGGAGUCCCCAACACAGAGAGAGGUGAGUUAAUCGAGGGCCUGUAUCCAUAAAAUGUCUCAGAGUAGGAGUGCUAAUCUUGGAUCAGUUUUGCCUUUUAGAUAUUAAUAAUUAUUAAGAUUACAUGGACAUCAUGUAAUCUAAGAUCAGCACACUUAAUCUGAGUGAAUACAGGCCCUGCUCCCAUCCACAUCUCCACUCUAGUCAGGACCUGUUGCAAUGGAUGCAAUUUGAUGCAAUUUCAAAAGCACCAUUGAUAAGUUCAGAGUUGAUUUUGUUCAAAGAUAAAGUUCACUAAAAAAUGUGUAUAAAGCUAAGAUCUAAGAUAAUUCAUUUAUAAAAAUCAAAGUUUUUCAGAUGUUUUUAGACCUCAAAAGUCAGAUGACAUUAUGUCCCAUGCUAGCAAUCCCAAGUGAAUGGAAUAGAUAAGGACUGAAUUAUUUCCUGAUUUGAUUCAGUCUGAUAAACUCUGUCAGAUGGCGAGUCUGAUACUACAGGUGAAGCAAGGCAUGUUAUACCGGUCUACCAAUAGCACUGCACGCUAUAUUGUGUUAUUAUUUAAUCAAGCAUAAUUUGGCUUCCUGUCUGAUCCUGCUCUCAUAACAUUUGGGAUGAAACAAAGGGCUGUGGGCACCAGUGGAGGCUCCUCAGAGGAGGAAGGGGAGGACCAUCCUCCUCAGUGAAGUUCAUAAAAAUUAAAAUGGUAAAACAUUUAAAAAGUUAUCUUUUUUUAAAUACAACUAUACUAAAUAUAAUCACGCCACCAAAUAACUGAUUAAAACACAUUAUUUUGCAAAGAAGGUCUACAGUAGCCUCAACAGCACUCUGUAGGUUAGCACCAUGGUGUAGCCGGAGGACAGCUAGCUUCCCUCCUCCUCUGGGUACAUUGACUUCAAUACAAAACCUAGGAGGCUCAUGGUUCUCACCCCCUUCUAUAGACUUACACAAUAAUUAUCACAACUUCCGGAGGAUGUCCUCCAGCCUAUCAGAGCUCUUGCAGCAUGAACUGACAUGUUGUCCACCAAAUCAAUGGAUCAGAGAAUGAAUCUAGUACUGAAAGCAUAAGAUACAGCUAGCUAGCACUGUAGUGCAUAAAUGUGGUGAGUAGUUGACUCAAAGAGAGAGAAAGACAAGAGUUGAACAGUUUUGAACAAAUACAUUUCUUCCAAAAUGAAAGAGAGAAAUAGAGAGAGAUUUUUUUUUUUUCAGUUUCACUUACUUAGCUAGCAAAUGCAGCUAGCUAGUUUAGCCUACUGAAACAUCCUGCUCAAACAGAGAGAUGCUAUGUUAGCUAGCUGGCUAUGACAUUCCAACACAACUCUGGAACUCUUCCAAGUCAAGGUAAGCUUUUGGUUGAACUAAUUUAUUGCCACCGGGGCCUGCCGGUGUAAUUGCUUACUGACUGUUCACUAACGUUACUGCAUGAUUGUAGCGUAUUUACUAACGCAUUAGUUCUAUUAGCUAUGCUGACUAUGACAUUACUUUAGCUAAUAUGGUGACAACGAUGUAGGCUGUGUGUAGCAGUUUGGCUAGGAAAGGUUUUUUCGCCUGGUCACAUACAGCUGAUGUGUUGUGCAUUGAAGUCCACACACAAAGGGAAGAGAAGGAAUACAAUGUUGCUGUUAUGAGAGUGAACUCUGUUUAUUGUGUGAUCAGUGUUGCCAACUCCUCAGUAAGGAAAGUAGCUAUUGGCUGUCCUAAAAGUCGCUAGAUGUCGCUAAAUGAUGUCAUCAACUAAUUUGCAUAAUUGGCAAUGUGCAUGUAAUUGUGAUGGACGCUGUAGGAGAGAGAAAUAACAUUGUGGGAGAGACAAAAAGUCAGUAAAAAAACACCCUAAAUAUGUUUAGAACUUCAAAUGAACUUUCUUCUGUUGAUUCUUGUUUUUUUUUAUGUCACAAUUCCAACCCUCCUCCUUUAUCUGGGCUUGGGACCGGCAAGAGUGACCCAAAAGAGACACUCUGGCGGAGUUGCUUAUUUUUAUUUUUUUAAUAUUAACGUUUUUUUGGUUUAAUUUUCUUAAGUUUGGUUUGGUUUUUAACCUUAGGAGCCUACAACAAGUCAUUUUUAAACAACAUUUUUAACCAUAAUAUUUUUUCCAUUUUUUUUGUAUACAAUCUACAUUAACAAUCUAAAUUGACCAAAAAGAGACAAUAGAAAAAACUGUCAAUGGCAAUGUGAGAAAAUGAUGGUAACUAGUCUGGCCCUAAUUCAGGUUAAUUGUUGUUGUUUUUUCAGACCCCCCUCCACACACACACAGGCUGUGCUGGCUCACAGAAAGAGUGGGUCAUCGUCGUUUUGGUCAAGGCUCUCUAUGGCAGGUUCAGCAACUGAGGGAGCUGACUUAAAUGAGUAAGCAGCUGAUGUGCCAAAAAGCUGCAAAACAUUAUCAGGCAGCUGGUGCUCAUAGCAAGCCUCACCAGACAGCUUCAGUCCAUAUCGAAUGUACAGGAUGGAGUUAAGGGUCUGCAAGGACAUCCGAUUUCUAAGUUUGCUUUUUACCACACUCAUCUGGCUGAAUACUCUCUCGACUUUAGCAUUUGAGUGUGGCAAGGACAACACAGACACAGCAGCCAUGGCAAGUUCUUGAAACGGGUUGAUAUCAGCUGCAUCCCUGAACUUCCAAAUCUCACUCCAGAAGCCCAGUGUGUUUUUUGUCUCAUUCCAUUUACUAAGAUGGAUGGCACGCCAUUGCUGGACAAUCUUGUCUAUCUCUGCAGGGGAGUAGCCAAGGAGUUUGGCUAUUUUAUCUAUUUCUACAGAGCUCUUAUUGUGCUUUAGAGUUUCCUCCACAUUGAAAACUGACAUGUACUGCAAUGCUUCGAUGUUGUCCGGCAGUCUCACCCUCAACGCUUUUGGACAUUGUUUUCAUCCUCAGGCGCAAGGUGGAGCUCAGCUGCCUUUGACUCAAAAAGAUAACCAAGGUACGGUUUGGGACUGAUGUAUCCAUUUAUUGGCCCUUUGAGUACAUCAACAUUUGCGUGUGGAUUCAGCACCCUGCUGCUCACAGACUUGAUCAGGCUUACCAAGCUGUCAAGUAGCUUAAGAGGAUCUACUUGCUCUCCCUCAAAAGCCUUGAUGGCCAACUGUACCUCACCCAGCACUGACUUCAAAAAAGUCAGAUACAAUAUGUUUUGAGGAUCACUGUACAUGGAGUAUAAAACCUCAGCCAUGUAGCAGUGUUCACUGGACUUGGUGACUGCGAAAUGCAGCCUAAGCUCCUCCCACUGCUCCAAAAUGCGUGAAACCGCAAGUUCAAUGGAGAGCCAACGUGUGGCACACACCUUGGUUAUCUGUAAAGGUUUCUCCCCACAGUUGAUGGUCUCAUAUAUGGCCUUGUAGGCCUCCCUGCGCUUUGGAGACACUGAAAACCAGUUAUAAGUCUCUCGUACCAAGUACUCCACACUACGGGGGAUGGUGUCAUUGGAAGCAAGACUUACAGCAAGCUGCAGAGAGUGGCACACACAGCGAAUAAGAACCUGAUCUUUGAGGCCAUAUUCCUCCUUCAGCAGUUUAUCGACCCCAUUGUUAAUCCCCGUCAUAACAGAGUCCCUAUCCCCAGGAGUUACAAUUUUUUAAGACAACAUUUCUUGAGGAAAGCCACAACAGCACGGGCUAUAGAUUUGGCAUCUCCUCCCUCCAACUCAACAAGCCCCAGAAAUGUUGAUACAAUUGUCUGCUUGGUGUCACUUAAGUACCUUAUCACAACCUCCAGGUACUUAGAAACACUUACAUCCGUGGACUCAUCGAGGAGGAGGCUGAAACGCUGGUCACCCACAUCUGCGACCAACUUAUUCAGAAAGUAUGGUGCUAGAACACCAUUAAUCAUUUCUGUGCACUUUGUCCUGUGCAUUUUGAAGUGGGUAGCAGCAGUGGAGUCUGAGAAAGCAGCUCUACAUGCUUCUCCAAUGUGAUCACAUGCCAGCAUGGAAGUGUUCAGCGAUAGCUAAUGCCAUGGUGGCCUCAGCCUUUUUUGCAGAGUCAAUUUUUUUAACCAUAAAUGGCAGCUUGUUUUGGGUGGAACUGUUAUAAGGCUUUCCCUUUUGAGUAUGUUUUUGAGUUGUCAUGUGUUUUUUAACAUCACUAAGUUUGGCGUAGAAAUCAGCCUUACAAUACAGGCAGUAUGCCCGUGUAUCAUCUCCAAUAAACGGCUUCAACCAGCCUUUAAAUUCAGGGUUUGAUUCCCACUCCUUUCUGUAUUUUUGAGUGUACAGUUUAGACUGAGACAUGAUGAGCUAGCCAGCUAGAUGUUUAGCUUAUGUCACAGAGAGGCACACACACAGUGGACGAGGUGAGUAAGUGACUGAGGCUGUGUGAGUCAAAUGCAUUUAUUUAUUUUUGUGCAGUGAUUUAUUUUAGACAAAGAACAUUUUACAUUUACAUCCCGCCCUGAAUGUAAGCCAGGGCGGGAUCAGCCAGCGGUGGCUUCCCACAUGCGCGAUUCAUUUGCAGUCUGGACGCGGAGGCGUGAACAUCUGCUCUGACUGCAGCUGGGAGGGACUGCUGCGCGAGGACUGGGCUGCCUGUGAGUGCUUUGGGAUGGGGGUGGGGCCCACGGCAGCACCCGCUGCUCGUUGAGAAGAGUAAGAACGAUACGUGCUUUCACAUCAGAGUCUCCAAAAGUCUCCAAUAACAUUUUACAUUUUAGUCAUUUAGCAGACACUCUUAUCCAGAGCAACUUACAGUUAGUGAGUGCAUAGAAUUGCAGGAAAUGUGCUGUAAAACUGCACACAAAAAAAUAUCUCUGCAAAAUGAGUAGAGUUGCAUGAAAUGUGUAAUAAAAUAGUAAAAUGUUCUCUCCGCCCCAUGGCAGGAUGUGUAGAAUUGCAGAAAGCUUGCUUUAAAGGAGCUACAUGUCAUAAUUUUGCAAUGUAAUUUCAGAAAAUGUCUUUAAUAUAUCUAAAGUAAUAAAAUUGCACUCUAAUGGUGCAUCCUACUUAUUAGUCAACAAAAGACAGACCGGCUCUUGUUGUCAAAUUGACUGGGCCUGAGCCGCACGCUAACCGAAUCAGUUAGCGCACGGAGGAGCUCAAAUUGACUGGAGCCACUCAUAUUGACUGGGCCUAAGACGAACGCUAACCGAAUGUGGCACAAUCCGUUAGCGUGCGGUACUCAGGAAGUGUAUAGUGGAUGUUGUUCCCACUGUGACGAUUAAAACCUAUCCAAACCAAAAACCGUGGAUAGAUGGCAGCAUUCGCGCAAAACUCAAAGCGCAAACCACCACAUUUAACAACGGCAAGGUGAAUGGGAAUAUGGUCAAUUACAAACAGUCCAGUUAUGCCCUCCGUAAGGCAAUCAAACAGGCAAAACGUCAGUACAGAGACAAAGUGGAGUCGCAAUUCAAUAGCUCAGACACGAGACGUAUGUGGCAGGGACUCCAGACAAUCACGGACUACAAAGAGAAAACCAGCCACCGACGUCUUGCUCCCGGACAAGCUAAACACCUUCUUUGCCCGCUUUGAGGAUAACACAGUGCCACCGAUGCAGGCCGCUUCCAAGGACUGUGGGCUCUCGUUCUCUGUGGUCGACGUGAGUAAGACGUUUAAGUGUGUUAACCCUCGUAAGGCUGUCGGCCCAGACGGCAUCCCUAGCUUCUUCCUUUGAGCAUGCGCAGACCAGCUGGCAGGAGUGUUUACGGACAUAUUCAAUCUCUCCCUAUCCUAGUCUGCUGUCCCCACUUGCUUCAAGAUGUCCACCAUUGUUCCUGUACCUAAGAAAGGAAAGGUACUGUAACUGAACUAAAUGACUGUCUGUCAUCAUGAAGUGCUUUGAGAUCAAAUCACCUCCACCUUACCCGACACACUAGACCCACUGUAAUUUGCAUACUGCCCCAAUACAUCCACGGAUGAUGCAAUCGCCAUCGCACUGCACACUGCCCUAUCCCAUCUGGACAAGAGGAAUACCUAUGUAAGAAUGUUGUUAAUUGACUACAGCUCAGCCUUCAACACCAUAGUACCCUCCAAGCUCAUCAUUAAGCUUGGGGCCCUGGGUCUGAACACCGCCCUGUGCAACUGGGUCCUGGACUUCCUGAACGGUCACCCCCAGCUGGUGAAUAUAGGAAACAACACCACCACUAUGCUGAUCCUCAACACAGAGGCCCCACAAGGGUGCGUGCUCAGCCCCCUCCUAUAUUCCCUGUUCUCCCAUGACUGUGUGGCCACGCACGCCUCCAACUCAAUCAUCAAGUUUGCAGACGACACAACCGUGGUAGGCCUGAUUGCCAACAACGACGAGACACCCUACAAGGAGGAGGUGAGGUCCCUGGCGGAGUGGUUCCAUGAAAAUAACCUCUCCCAUGACGUCAACAAAACGAAGCAGCUGAUCGUGGACUUCAGGAGACAGCAGAGGGAGCACGCCCCCAUCCACAUCGACAGGGAGUGGAGAAGGUGAAAGCUUCAAGUUCCUCGGCGUACACAUCACUGACAAUCUGAAAUGGUCGACCCACACAGACAGUGUGGUGAAGAAGGCGCAACAGCGCCUCUUCAACCUCAGGAGGCUGAAUAAAUUUGGCUUGGCCCCUAAGACCCUCAAACUUUUACAGAUGCACCAUUGAGAGCAUCCUAUCGGGUACGGCAACUGCACCGUCCACAACCGCAGGGCUCUCCAGAGGGUGGUACAGUCUGCCCAACGCAUCACUGGGGGCACACUGCCUGCCCUCCAAGACAUCUACAGCACCUGAUGUCACAGGAUGGCCAAAAGGAUAAUCAAGGACUUCAGCCACCCGAGCCAUGGCCUGUUCACACCGCUAUCAUCCAGAAGGCGAGGUCAAAUAGCCAUCACUAGCGGGCCUCCACCCAAUACCCUGCCCUGAAUUUAGUCACUGUCACUAGCCGGCUACCACCUGGUUACUCAACCCCGCACCUUAGAGGCUGCUGCCCUAUGUACAGUACAUAGACAUGGAACACUGGUCACUUUAAUCAUGUUUACAUACUGUUUUACGCAUUUCAUAUGUACAGUAUAUAUUGUAUUCUAGUCAAGGCCAUCCUAUUCAAACUAUUGCUCUGCGUACACUAUUCUAUCCUACGUAUUCUACAGAUGUACUACAUAUUCUAUCAACAUACUGUCCAUAAUGUCUAUAGAUCCCAUCACAUAUAUACAGUGCAUUUGGAAAGUAGUCAGACGCCUUCACUUUUUCCACAUUUUGUUACAUUACAGCCUUAUUCUAAAUAUAUAUAUAUUUGUUUUAUCCUCAGCAAUCUACACACAAUACCCCAUAAUGACAAAGCGAAAACUGGUUUUUAGACACCCUUUGCUAUGAAAUUGACCUCAGGUGCAUCCUGUUUCCAUUGAUCAUCCUUGAGAUGUUUCUACAACUUGAUUGUAGUCCACCUUUGGUAAAUUAAAUUGAUGUGACAUGAUUUGGUAAGACACACACCUGUCUAUAUAAGAUACAAGAGCUGACAGUGCAUGUCAGAGCAGAAACCAAGCCAUGAGGUCGAAAUAUUGUCCGUAGAGCUCCGAGACAAGAUUGUGUCGAGGCACAGAUCUGGGGAAGGGUACCAAAACAUUUCUGCAGCAUUGAAGGUCCCCAAGAAAACAGUGGCCUACAUCAUUCUUAAAUGGGGAAGAAGUUUGGAACCACCAAGACUCUUCCUUGAGCUGUCUGCCCGGCUAAACUGAGCAAUCGGGGGAGAAGGGCCUUGGUCAGGGAGGUGACCAAGAACCCGAUGGUCACUCUGACAGCGCUCUAGAGUUUCUCUGUGGAGAUGGGAGAACCUCCCAGAAGGACAACCAUCUCUGCAGCACUCCACCAAUCAGGCCUUUAUGGUAGAGUGGCCACCCUUUGCCUUGAUGACAGCUUUGCACACUCUUGGCAUUCUCUCAACCAGCUUCAUGAGGUAGUCACCUGGAAUGCAUUUCAAUUAACAGGUGUGCCUUCUUAAAAGUGAAUUUGUGGAAUUUAUUUCCUUCUUAAUGCGUUUGAACCAAUCAGUUGUGUUGUGACAAGUUAGGGGUGGUAUACAGAAAAUAGUCCUAUUUGGUAAAAGACCAAGUCCAAAUGAUGGGGCGGCAGGUAGCUUAGUGGUUAAGAGCGUUGUGCCAGUAACCAAAAGGUCACUGGUUCUAAUCCCCGAGCCGACUAGGUGAAAAUCUGUCGAUGUGCCCUUGAGCAAGGCACUUAACCCUAAUUGCUCCUGUAAGUCGCUCUGGAUAAGAGCGUCUGCUAAAUGACUGAAAUGUAAAUAUAAAUGUAAUGGCAAGAACAGCUCAAAUAAGCAAAGAGAAAUGACAGUCCAUCAUUACUUUAAGACAUGAAGGUCAGUCAAUCCGGAAAAUGUCAAGAACUUUUAACGUUUCUUCAAGUGCAGUUGGAAAAAUCAUCAAGCACUAGGAUGAAACUGGCUCUCAUGAGGACCGCCACAGGAAAGGAAGACCCAGAGUUACCUCUGCUGCAGAGGAUAAGUUCAUUAGAGUUAACUGCACCUCAGAUUGCAGCCCAAAUAAAUGCUUCACGGAGUUCAAGUAACAGACACAUCUCUACACAACUAUUCAGAGGAGACUGCGUGAAUCAGGCCUUCAUGGUUGAAUUGCUGCAAAGAAACCACUGCUAAAGGACACCAAUAAGAAGAAGAGACUUGCUUGGGCCAAGAAACAUUAGCAAUGGACAUUAGACCGGUGGAAAUCUGUCCCUUUGUCACGACUUCCUCCGAAGCUGCCUCCUCUCCUUGUUCGGGCAGGCUUCGGCGUUCGUCGUCACCCGCCUUCUAGCCACUGCCUCUCCUCAUCUCAUCAUUCCAUUUUUUUUGCCUUGUUUAAUACACACACCUUGUUCAUAUUCCCUCAUCAGUACCUGUAUAAGUGUUCCCUCUGCCCCCUUGUCUUUGUGUGUAAUUGUUUAUUGUGGAGGAUAGUGAAGCUCGGUGGUGUUCCGUGUAUUUUGUAUCGCCGGAAUAUUUCCUUGUGUGCCUUGUAUUUUCCUGUUUUGCGCACUGGAGGGUUUUGACCCAUUACUGCGUAACUCUGUGUUUCGGAAUAAAUCCUGUUAUUCUGUGAAUUACCCUCCUGCGCCUGACUCCUUUGAAAUCACCUCAUCACAGAAUCACACACCAAGACAUGGAGUCAGCAGGAGAGGAGCACAUGCCUGGAGACGUGGCGCGGGUCCGGGAGCAUUCGACGAUGCUAGCCAGCUUGGGAGAAGCGAUGGAUCGGGUUCUCCAGGUCGUCCAAUGCCUGGAGAGGAGAAGACAUGAUCUUUCAGGACUAGCUGAGUGACCAGAUCGAGCCACCCACACCCCAGCACCUAGAGGGUUUCAUAUAUUCCGACCAAAGGAGUUUGACGGGACAGCUGCCCGCUGCCAGGUAUUCCUCCUGCAACUGGAUCUAUACUUCUCGACCAUCAGACCGGCUCCAUUGGAGAGGGAGAAGGUGUCCGCACUUGUCUCCUGCCUAUCGAGGAAAGCCAUGGAGUGGGCCAACGCGGUCUGGAGUGAAGGAGGAGCCGCGUUGGACAACUACAGGGAGUUCGCUCGCCUCUUCCGGGCCGUCUUCGAUCACCCGCCCGAAGGUAGAGAGGCAGGCGAGUGGUUGGUCCACCUGAGGCAGGGGACGAGACCGCGCAGUAAUUUGCCCUGGAGUUUCGUACUCUAGCGGCUGGGUCCGGGUGGAACGAGUGGGCCGUCAUCGACCAUUUCCGCUGCCACCUGUGAGAGGACAUCCGAAGGGAGCUAGCCUGCCGGGACAACACGUUGUCUUUCAAUCAACUGUUGGACAUGGCCAACCGGUUGGACAACCUGCUAGCUUCUAGAGGCACGAGAGGACAUUCUACUGCAUGAUGUCGUCAGCGUUCUUUUGGGUCUGGAGGCGGCAGGCAGGGCACUCUCGCGUCACCCCAGGUAUCAAACACCCACACUCGUUCAGAGCCCUCUGCUGCGCACUGUACCCUACACAUCCACUUCCCUGAUUACACGGUAGUUCCCCAGUGUAAGGCGCUGGUCGAUUCAGGCGCAGCUGGGAACUUAAUGGACAGGUCAUUAGCACAUAGUCUAGUUAUUACAUUGGUUCCCCUAUCCAUUCCACUCCCGAUCAGAGCACUUGACAGUCGACCAUUAGGGUUCAGGUUCGUUAGGGAAGUUACAGCACCAGUCACUAUGGUCAAUGCAUGGGGCGCGCUUCUUCACAAAAUCAGAUCUCCAGAGUGCGUACAACGUGGUGCGUGUCCGAGAGGGUGACGAGUGGAAGACAGCAUUCAGCACAACCACGGGGCAUUACGAAUACCUGAUGAUGCCGUACAGUUUGAUGAAUGCUCCAUCCUUCUUCCAGUCCUUUGUGAACGAGGUGUUUCGGGACAUGCUUGGUCUCGGUAUAGUGGUCUACAUCGAUGACAUUCUGGUGUAUUCCGCUACGCGCGCCGAGAAUGUGUCCCUGGUUCGCAAAGUGCUAGGCCGACUUUUGGAACAUGACCUUUUUGACAAGGCAGAAAAGUGUUUGUUUUUUCCAACAGUCCGUCUCCUUCCUCGGAUACCGCUUUACCACCUUAGGUGUGGAGAUGGAGGGAGAUUGCAUUUCAGCCGUGCGUAAUUGGCCGACUCCAACCAAGGUAAAGGAUAUGCAGCGCUUUAUUGGCUUUGCCAACUACUAUCGGAUGUUUAUUCGGGGCUUUGGCAAGGUCGCAGCUCCCAUCACAUCUCUGUUGACGGGUGAGCCGUCCCGGCUCCGCUGGUCUGCUGAGGCUGACAGGGCCUUCAGUAACCUGAGGGUUCUGUUCACCUCAGCCCCGGUACUGGCCCAUCCCGAUCCAUCACUACCAUUCGUAGUGGAGGUGGAUGUGUCCGAGGUAGGGAUAGGCGCUGACCUAUCUCAACGCUCGGGCACGCCACCCUAGCUCCGCCCCUGUGCCUUCUUCUCCAAGAAGCUCAGCCCGGCGGAGCAUAACUACGACGUUGGUGAUCGGGAGCUGUUGGCUGUUGUACGAUCCCUGACCGUGUGGAGGCACUGGCUUGAGGGGGCGAAACACCCUUUCCUCGUCUGGAUGGACCACCGUAACCUGGAGUACAUCCGGGCAGCGAGGAGGCUGAAUCCUCGCCAGGCCAGGUGGGCUCUAUUCUUCAUACGGUUUGAUUUUACACUAUCUUACAUCCCGGGUACGAAGAACGUGAAGGCAGACACACUGUCACGGCUGUACGACACAGAGGAGAUGCCCAUAGACAACACCCCCAUACUCCCGGGCCUCCUGCAUUGUGGCGGCGGUAGUGUGGGCGAUGGACACGGACAUAGAGCGGGCAUUACGCACAGAGCCAUCUCCACUUCAGUGCCCAGCUGGGCUGCAGUACGUGCCGUCUCUUGUCCGUGACCGUCUGAUCUAUUGGGCACACACGUCCCCCUCCUCUGGUCAUCCAGGUAUCGGCGGUACAGUGCGCUGCCUGACCGAAAAGUACUGGUGGCCUACCUUGGCUAAGGACGUGAGGGUAUAUGUCUCCUCCUGCUCGGUGUGCGCCCAGAUUAAGGCACCUAGGCACCACCCAGCGGGUAAAUUACAGCCCUUACCAGUUCCACAACGGCCUUGGUCCCACCUGUGUAUUGAUUUUCUCACUGAUCUUCCCCUCUCUCAGGGUAACACCACCAUCCUGGUCGCUGUGGACCGCUUUUCCAAAGCCUGCCGCCUCCUUCCUCUGCCCGGUCUCCCCGCAGCCCUGCAGACUGCGGAGGCCCUGUUUACUCAAGUCUUCCAGCACUACGGAGUGCCAGAGGACAUAGUGUCUGACCGGGGUCCCAAGUUUACAUCCACGGUCUGGAAGGCGUUCAUGGAACGUCUGGGGGUCUCGGUCAGCCUGACCUCUGGGUUUCACCCCGAGAGUAAUGGGCAGGUGGAACGGGUAAAUCAGGAUGUGGGUAGGUUCCUGCGGUCCUACUGCCAGGACCGGCCGGUGUUCUUGCCAUGGGCAGAAUAAUAAUAUAAUAAUAUGCCAUUUAGCAGACGCUUUUAUCCAAAGCGACUUACAGUCAUGUGCGCAUACAUGUUUACGUAUGGGUGGUCCCGGAGAUCGAACCCACUACCCUGGCGUUACAAGCGCCAUGCUCUACCAAUUGAGCUACAGAGGACCACAUAUAAAUAGAUCAAUUGUGCCUUUUUGAUGGAAAUAUGGAAGGUGGGAUUUUGGAGAUAUUACUGCACUGUUUGAGUUAGGAACACAAGCAGUUCGCUGCACAUCGCAAUAACAUCUGCUAAAUAUGUAUAUGCGACCAAUAACAAUUGAUUUGAUUUGUACAAAUUGCUCAGCCCCAGUCAAUUUGACAACAAGAGACAUGCUGGCCACACAAAUAUUACAUUUAGCUCCUUUAAAACUGCAACAUUUUCUCUACUCCCCAUGGCAAAAUGUGUAGAAUUGUAGGAAAUUGACUUUAAAACUUAAACGUUUCUCUCCGCCGUCAAGAGGAGGGCCACUAAAAUGUUUUGCCCGAGAGGUGGGUGGGCCCCCAAAAGGCUAGGGCCUUGUCGGCAUCAAAGUCCACAAUUCUGGUAUUGUAACAUCACUAAUAUGGGAGCAGUAGACACUGUAGGAGUGGGGAAAUUAGAGCAACUAGACUAGUGCACAGAACUGGCUCUAAUAGUAGGCUGUAAUAGUACCAUUGGCUUUCUUUCCUGUCUGCAUUUCAUGGUGUUGUCUUGUUAUUCCACAUUCAGACACAGAGAGCGAGGGAGGAGGGGGAAAAGAGAGAGGAGGAGAGGAGGGUGGCAAAGAAAGGGAGAGAGAGGUAACGAGACAAGGGUGCUACAGGGAGAGACGAGGAGAGAAAUUAAGCAUAAGGGUCUGUGUAUUCUCUGUGAUGGUGGUGCUUGACUGGGGAAUUCCACCAUGUCUCUCAGUCCCGAUGGUUGGGAGAGAGGGACAGACGGGGGAUUCCGAUGGCGAUGGGCGACAUUAUUUCACUGGGUUCUUGCUAUUUGUUGUGGAGUGGUCCUCCUGUAACAGGCUACGGGCCCUGGUCAAAAGUAGUGCACUAUAAAGGAAAUAGGUUGCCAUUUAGGAUGAAGUCUGAGCCGGUAGGUAUUAUUCUAGCAAUAAGUCAGACCCCAGCUAGUGUCACUGUGUCACUUUCUCUUUUCCGUCUCCUGAUGAGUCAUUUUCUAGCCCCCCCCCCCCCCCCCUCCACCAUUGUUGCUACCUCACUCUUCACUCAAAUCCCAUGCUCCUCUUUCAUGCUUUCUCUAAAGAGAGAUACUGUACAACAACAGGGGAGAUUAAUGAAGGCAAAGGCCUACAUUCAUCUCCCCUGUUGUUGUACAGUAUCUCUCUGACUUUUAUUGGCCAGGUUGGAUAAAGAUUGAAUUCUAGUCAGAAAGGGCAUAAUAGCCUCAUUGAUUUCCUGUCUCCUUAAGCAUUCCCCUACUGUGACGGGAAUGAGAGCUUUGAUUCUCUGGACCGUGUCGCUGAAUUGAAAUACAUCUGGUUUGUAAAGUCAACCUGUCUCCAACAAGUUAACAGACAUCGCAAUAAGUCUGUCAACAAAGUCAGUAAAUGGUUACAGACAACAACCUAGCUAUAUCCCACAGUCAAUCCUAAUCCUAACUCGGGUCCAUAUGCACAAUUAUUUUUAGUUCUAGUUCUCGAAUGAGGAUUCUAGAUCUGAAAUUAAGAUUUGGCCCUUUAAUGUCCUGUCAACUGAUGGGCAACCUUGCGUCCUACAGUUACAGAAACGGUACUCUGUGUGUUUUGUUCUGCAGGCCAUUGUGGGAAGACGUUUGCCAUCUUGAAGAGGUAUGUCACCGACGCGGUGCCAAAGACGAGCUGGCUUCUGGUGGUGGAUGAUGACACUCUCAUCAGGUAAAGCUCUCAGUACACACACACACACACACACACACACACACACAUGCACGCAUGCAGCCACACACACAGACAGACACUAAGGCUGAUGGUGUGUCUGAGUGAUAGUUCCUCCUCAGUCAAAAUGUGUGUAUACACUUAUGCCAAAACCCCUGGUGCAGUGAAAAAGCUGUCAAAUAAAAAAGUUGAAAAGUUGAAAGAACUCUUCAAGGCUGCCUCCUGAGGGCAAAGUCAGCAAACUAAUUAUUUUUUAUUUAGUACGGAGGAUAUUGGAUGUAGAGCGCAGUGGUGUCAGAAUUUAAUUGGGGGAUUUUGAUGAGGAAUAUCCUACCAGUGUACAAGUGUGUGUGCAUUGUUUGUGUGUGUUUGUUUGUACAUGCAUGUGUACCUGAGUGUGAGUGUGUGCCUUCCCCAGCCUGCCCAGACUGCAGAUGCUGCUGAGCUGUUACGACCCCUCUGAACCGGUGUGUCUAGGGGAGAGGUACGGCUACGGGCUGGGCCAGGGAGGCUACAGCUACAUCACCGGAGGAGGG